AUGGGUCGUCUCCAAGGCAAUGUAGCCCUCAUUACCGGUGCUGGCUCUGGAUUCGGCGAAUGCAUGGCGAAGUUUUUCUCGAAAGAAGGCGCCCAUAUCAUCGUCGCCGACAUUGCGACAGACAAUGGUAUGCGUGUGGCUAAAGAAAUCAUGGCUACCAAGUCGGAAGGCUAUGGACAUGCAUUAUUUCUACAGUUCGAUUGCACCAAACGCCAGGCAUGGGAAGAAGGCUUAAAGCUGGCCCGAGAAAAAUUCGGCAAACUCGACAUCGUGGUAAAUAACGCUGGGACCACGUAUACGAAGAAGCCCAGCGUUGAAGUUACUGAGGAUGAAUUUGACAAGAUCAUCGCUGUCAAUACGAAGAGCAUCUAUCACUCGGUGGUAGUGGUGAUGCCGUACUUUGCGAAGCGCAAAUCCGGGGUUAUGAUCAACACGUCGUCGGUGGCCGGGUAUAAAGUUCGCCCGGGCCAGGUCUUCUACGGAGGCACCAAAGGGUUUGUGAAUACGGUUACACAAGGCCUCGCAGCAGAAUGGGGCCAAUACAAUAUACGAGUGAACUCGAUUUGUCCAUUACGAAGCCCGACGGGCCUGGUGGAGAAAUUCUCGGGUGUUCCAGAUACUCCAGAGGAGCGGGCUCGUUUUGCACAGACAGUUCCAUUGCGGCGGAUGGGAGACGUCGAAAGUGUUGCACAUGCUGCGGUCUACCUGGCCAGCGACGAAUCAAGUUUUGUGACAGGCGUCAAUUUCCCGGUGGAUGGUGGAAGAUUGGCCGUAUAA